CAGUCAAUUGUAAGGUUGCGCGGUGAGCAGGAGUGUGGCGGAACUGGCAGUGUUCCUUUGUGUGUCUUUGACGUCUGGUUUUGGAUAUUAUCUCUCAGCUAACGCAGAACAGGUGGUUGCACGACCAGCCGGUGAUUCGCUCAAGGAAGACCCAAUAACGCCGCAGUCAUUAUGUCCAUAGUCACAGUCCUCGGCAGCAUGGGUACCGGAGGCCGAGUGCCCGGAAGAGGAAAUGCCAUGUACGGCUUCGGGGGAAUUCCUCCUUCCUUGAAGGAGAAGAAACUGAAGGAAGCCAAGCUGCAGAACGCCCUGGCAAAAGCCCAAGCUACAGCUGCAUCAGCAGCAGCAGCAGCAUCAGCUUCAAAUAACAACCCCACGACCACAACCACAACCUCUUCGGCCAAUACUCCCACAACCACCACUUCUCCCACAACGACCACCGAGCCCAAAAAAGUGGAGGACGCCAAAUGAGACACAGUUGAGAUGAAAAAGUGCUGUUGGUGAGGUUCGUGCCUGAAGUUGCCUCAGUGAAGCUGGAGGGGGAGGAGGAGGAGAAGAAAGAGCAGAUGGAGACAGGAGGAGUGCUUGAUCCCAUUUUUAUACUCGAAAGGAAAGAGACGCCAUGUUGGAUCCCCCUUAAUCGCACAAAACGCCAUACUUGGGGAUUCCUUGGUGGGCCUCUCCUUGCAAUCCCUUGGUCCUUUCUCUCGGUCACCCUUCGUAGCAUUAUGCCAGUUUAAGAUGUAAUCUCGUUGUGCGCGCUCCUUCUGCCAUCUCCAAAGCUAAUGGGCCAUUAAGACCUCCGAUGUCCCGACCCCCUCCGAGCGUCAGUUCUUUUUGGAAAGUCUCACACAUUCAUUUACAGUUGCCGGAGGAGGAGGUUCGUGUCCUUUGAUCCCCGCUGCCCUUAAGAGAGUUCCAGAUUCAAAUCCCUCCGACAAAAGGAGGACAAAAGAGGGAGUGUCCUUUUCCUCACUAGCUUAGAUGGACGAGGUUGCCGGCGUACAUCUUUUGUUCUUUAGGCGAGGACGAGCUGCUUGGGCCUUCGCUCUGAGCGAUUAAGUUGUGCUUCAGUAAGGUAAUAGCAUUCAUAAAGCUCACACAGUCUUUUUCCACUUGUGCUCUGGCAAUCAGAGGCUCAUAGAGAUCUAGAUACUCCUUGAAAGAGGAUAUUAUAUAUUCAUCAAUAAUUAAAUAUCUUUCCCUUAUAGCGGAAUAAUAAAGAGGAUCGCUGUUGCCUCCUUUUCCUAAGCAAGCCAUUUUUUAUAAUGAAUUCUAGAAACAUAUAUGUUCUUCGAUCAUAUGUUUGCGUCUAGAUUCGUCGUACACGCAGUUGCAGCAAUUAUAUUUUGUAUAUAUGCUUUGUCAAAGCACCUCGAAAGAAUAAUCCUUCUGCAGAAAUAUUCUAAUGAAAAGAAAGCUAAUAACUUAACAGAAACUUAUUUUUCUCCUUCCUGGCAAUUAAGAACUUAUCCUAAACAGAAUUCACUCACUUUGUUGGCAGUUCAAUUAGCCUAUUAAAAACUUGCAUUUCCCAUUUGAUUAUUUUCAUAAUUCUUGUAGAGCUCAGAAUCUCUCAGAAUCAGCUAGAGCGUUUCCAUUAAGCAGCAGUGAGAGGUUACUUAAGUGGACAGAAAUUCAAAGGUGUUAAAACACUGAUUCAUGUUGAAGACGAUACUGCUGAUAACAUAAGAGAAAAAGUGGAGAAUUGCAUUGAGGAUGAUUUUCAUGAUGAUGCUGUCCAGUGGUAAAUUCCCCAUCGAAAAUUUUUUUAUCAAUUUCCUUUGUUUGAGAAUCCUUUUUGUAGACCGAACUUUUUCGACAAAGAGUUGCUCAACAAAACCCAUCGAGACUCUUCGUGGAGAGAAAUUGUCUCAAAAUGAAAAGUGAAAAAGACUUUGAAAAUUAAGUCUUUCACACUUGUUGAACAAAAAUGGUGCCUCCUCUGAAAUGAAUUAUUAGUGUGUAGUGGUUGAAAUAAAAAUUGAAUAAAAGUCUUCAUAGAAAUAUAAAUCUUGUAACGAUGAUAAUUUUGGGAAAAAAAAAGAUUUAAGAGUAUAUUUUUCCCUUAGGGGGACCAGCACUAGCAAUGCAUGGCUAUGAGUUGUUUUAUUUGCGGAUUCACUUGUUUACACAUUUGAUUAUUCGAUUUUCUAAGGUAAAGGGACCACAAAGGUUCACCUGAUGAGUGUUGUCGUGUUUUCAGACUCGGUGUCAGUGUUGAAGUGUAAACUGUCAAGAGACUGUAGAUUUUGUGAAUGACCAAUGAAUAAGUCGCAAAAUAGGUCACAUGGCCAAACGUAUCUUUAGGAAAAGUGAUUUUUUUUUAAAGAAGUCGUACAACAGAUAAUGAUUUUUUUAAUGAAGUCGUACAACAGAUACUGAUUUUUUU